AUGGCGGCAAACGAAUAUUACUCUGGCAGCUACAGUGCUGGCGACCCUAACAACCGCACCAACUAUAGCGACAACAACAUUUACCCUCAGCCUCCCGGCGCAUCUUCUUCGACGGGCCUCGCUCCAUCUCCGUCACCUCUCUCCUACACUCAGAACGAUCCCUACACAUCCUCGCCGGCUCCUGCGCAGCGACCUGCCAACCAAGGCACCCAUACCUCCCCUUUGACACCCAAUUCGAGCACCAACUUUGGUACUUACCACAGCGGUAGCAUGAACCUGCCUCAGCAGCAGGACACGGCUUAUUACGGCCCCGGCCGCACCUCACCCGACACCGGUCGAACUGAGGACAUUCCCCUCCAGAACAGACCGCACAAAGACGUUGAAUUCGGAAACGACCACGUCUACGAUGCUCCCGAUUCUGGCCGCCCGACGCCUACGCAGAAGAAGAAGAAGAGGGGACAGGUCCGCCUCGGCCAGCUUGGCAUGUUCGGCGCUGAUCGCAAACGGAUCCCGUGGGUUGUAUACACUUUUACUUUGGUCCAGCUCGCCGUCUUCAUUGGUGAGAUUGCACGCAAUGGUAAGUUUCUCUCUGUUUCUAAGCAGCUGAUUAUCAUGGACAUUUAG